GCGAGACGCGAUUGCACCGGCGGCUGUCCGCCCUACGUAGCGAGGACAAUCGCGCCCAUGCGCAUGCGCGAAAUCCACCCAAACCCAGACUCAUAAUCUGUUAGGGCGUCGGUCAUGGAACCUCAUGCAUUCGCGUCUCUUGCCCACCUUCGACUGCUCGUCCUACCCGUGGGCACCAUCUCCAAGUCUGCGUUUGAAGAAUACGCGUCCGAGAUACGUUGCUUCGACACAAUCAAACUCAGUGACAUACCAGCGAGUGUCAAAGACGAAAGAGCUCGCUUUCUACCCAAUCCUCUCUCCUCUGGCUCCCUUCACCUUCGCUUCUCGUCUUAUGUCGGUCCCUCUGUGCGCGCCCCUUUGUCGCUCAUCAGACCGUCACAAUCAACUCUUGGCAUUGUGGGCGUGGGUGUCUGUUCCUCUAAGCAGACACCUACAACACUGCAGCGACAGUUUAACAAGCUGGCAUCCAGUUUAGCAUUGACGAACUCUUUCCCUACGUCUAAGGUGUGUUUCGCCUUCGAGGAGUCUGAGGAAGUUGCAGGUGCAGCAAUGAGCGAAGCCGUUCCUGGAGUGACUGUCAUCCCGCACCUGAUGGGAAAUAAGAAACUUUACAUCGGCACUUUGCUUGCAGAUCUCUGUUCUCAGAUACUGGGAGAGUUUGGACGUCUGAUGAGCCUGCUUGAAACGCCCAUAGGCAACGAACAUCUCAAUGCCACCAUGUUUCCAAUCUUCCCACCAUCAUCCGAUUCUCCCUCUGUAUUCGAAGACCCUAUGUCGUUCACAUCUUCGACCAUGAGCCAACCAGAGCUGACCUCUGCUGGAUUCUCGUCACCUCCAGGUGAUCUCAAACGUAACUUAUCUGCCGGGCCGGGUAUAAAUCCCAUCACCAACACCCCUAUAUCACGACAAUCAAGCCUCGGUUUUCCGGCGAGAAAGCGCUCAAGUACCCUAGCCUCGUCACAUGGGAGGCUGUACAAAGUGCUUGGAGAUAUGUUCUUACUGGCUGGAAGAAUCGCUGAUGCUACUCUUUGGUACACCGAGGCGCUCGUUUUAUUCAGGUCGUCACAAGAUCCUGCAUGGCAUGCCUCUGCUGUAGAGGGGACGGCUGUGAUCUCAUUCUUGGAUAGUUGGUCUGCCGGACAACAAGCUUCUAUAAGCUAUAGCAAGGACGGAUGGUACAGCAUAAUGGAAAAGCUUUCCCAAGCUGCCUUGUUAUAUCCCAAAACCCCAAUCAUGCUGGACAAUCCCCAGGAAAAUGCAGUCUUGACGUCCUUGUACGUGGAUUCCAUCCUACGGCAAACGACGCUUCUACUUGCGGUGUGGGUAUCGAGAGGCUGGGGCCCUCCAGCGUUUGCAUCUAUGUUGCAACCUGCCGGCAGUGCAUGCGCGCGAGAGGACACUUCGGCCGCAGCAUGGAGCCAUCUUGAAAGCCUCUCCGUCGCUUCCGGUAUCUCGCGGAUGCAAAUCUCAACAACGGUCACUCAAGCACAUGGUCCUUGGCUUCUCCAUCUAGAUCCAUACGAGCGUCUCCGUGCUCUGCAGACUGUGGCAAUUAUUUUCAGUAGCAUUGGCUACAAGCGCAAGGAGGUAUACAUUCUUAGAGAAGUGCUCAGCUGCUUAAUGGACCUAGUCGUAUGUGGACGCGAGGAGAGUGAAACGGCUUACCGCAGCGACAGCGGGAGUUCAGGAAGUGUCACUUUCCCAAAUGGUGACGACGGUAACCACAGCCCUGAUCUCGCCACAGGGGCCAUCGGAAUUCGCCUGAACGAAACGCAGGAAGGCAAUGAAAGCAUCUUACAAGUGUUACGAUACUCGUGUAGCAUCAUGGGAAUUGACCUCGCCUCUGUCAAGCUCGUCAAUUCAAGCGAGCGGACACCUAGCCAGGGCGAGGAAAGUAGUAAUAACUCCCUUCCCCCACUAAAUGAGCCGUUUGGAUGGCCCGAGCUUCAGGUUGGGAUGGUCCGGGAAUCCAUAGCUGUAGCUGAGGCCCUGCCUGAUCAUCUUGCUGUGGCGUCUUUCUCCCUCUCAGCACUGAGAGCUCUCCACUCCGUGUUCACCGUUGGCGACCAAUAUCACCUGAACCAAACUGCCUCGAGGGCUCUUGCAGUGGCCUGUCGUCGAGGUGCGACCAAAACCGUAGAAUAUUGGGGCGAUUCUCCCAUUGUCAAUAUUGAAGUCAUGUCACUGCCCUUUGGGCGUUUGCCUGUUGAGAAGCCCAUGUCACUCUUAAGCCAGGAAGUCCAGGCAGAUCCUAUCGGUACUGGAGGUACUAAUCCAUUCUUGUACAAUCCCAGAAAGGCAGGAAAUAGCCAGGGGAAAGUUAUCUUGGUGCAGAACGAACCAGCUGAACUACUUGUCACGUUGUACAACCCCUAUGUAUUCGAAUUGGAGCUGCAGAGUCUUUCUCUCAGCACGUCCGGGCCGUCAUUUGACUGCCAAGCAUUGACUACGAUCUACAUCCCACCCCAGUCCUACUAUCAUGCUUCAUUUACUGGCAAGGCAACUCAAACCGGUACACUGAUUAUUCGUGGCUGUAUCGUUCAAGCUAUGGGUGGCGCACCACAGGAAUUUACGCUUCCCCUGCCAAUUGAGGGAGUUAGCGAACAGUUCUCACGAAAAAGGACCUAUUUGACGAGUGAAAUUGGACGCAUAAAAUCACCUGGUCUACAAGCAAGGAGCACAGCUAAAAAUACUAAGCGUGUUAGUACAACAACAUCAGGACCGAACGAGCAAGUACGGUACUUGGAGUGUAAUGUGCUUCCAGAGCAACCUUUGUUGCGAAUGAGGUGGACAUCGCUAACUCACGAUGCGGUCAUGCUUUAUGAAGGCGAAAAAUCAGUAAUUCACCUCACACUAGAAAAUAUAUCCUCCCUGCCAAUCGACUUCCUCAAGCUUUCCUUCGAUGACUCCACUAUUGCGCCCGCCCAAGAGGCCUUGGCGGAGGGAGAGCUGACUGUUUUCGAGACUUACGAGACGGAAUACCAACUCAUCAAUCGUCAAGCCUUCUCAUGCGGUGAAGACUCGACAACUCAGGGCAUCAGACCUGGAGAGAAAGCGACCUUGCCAAUAACUUGCCUAGGCAAGGUUGGUUGUACGCGUGGAUGCAUUAACAUUGCCUAUGCAUAUGCACAACGAUCUCAUGAGUCGGACAAGGCGUCGAACACCUUCCACACCCGACAGUUGUCAUGGCCAGUGAACAUGACAGUGUAUCAAAUGUUGGAGUGCAGCAAUAUGACCAUUCUACCGGUCGAUAGCGAUUAUCACUCUGAAGACAGCCUCGGGCAAGACAUGACGGAUCUCUGCAUGUUCUCAAUAGAAGUCCGAAAUACGUAUGGACUACCCUUUGAAGUGAUCUUCGAGAGUGCUCAAGAGGGCGUAGAACCGACAGCAACCUCCACCAUCGUCGCCCCCGGAUCCUCCUCAAGGGUAGUUCUGCUUCUCAAGAGGUUCAUGCUACCGGAUCCUGUCGUUUCUCAGACUAUUCCAACCCUGUCAGAAAGACAGUUCGUCGUCGCCAAAACGGCAUUGUCCGCCGAGGAAGAACGCCGACAACGAGAGUUGUUCUGGUAUCGAGAAAAAUUGCUUGAAGUUGUCAAAGGUUCAUGGAAGGAACUCAACGGUAUCCGGAGAGGAGACCUUUCUUUGCGACAGCAGCGGUUAACUUUACCGAUGCUAAAGUCCCUCAAGACUGACAUUGUCAAACUACAAAUGUCGCUUGCUUACGAUGAUGGCAAGCCUCUUUCCCGGAGGGCAGGGAAGUUCUUGCCUCCACCCAACGAGUUGUUCUAUGUCAACAUUGUAGUUUCAAACACAUCAGAAACAGCCCUCGUCCUUUUCUUGAAAGUACUUGCUGAUCCCAGUGAUUAUGUGCUCUCGGACACCAUAUCAUCCGAUAUACCUCUAGGUCGACUCAAGGGCGGCGAGUCACAAACGUUGGAUAUCCCCGUCUACUUCAUUAGUUCUGGGCACUUCGAGUUGUGCGCAGAAGCUUAUGCGUCAGAACACCCAGGCUCAGAGUCGAGAUUGGGUACGAGAAAACUGAGAGCGUAUGUGAAGCCGGAGGGAGAUGUUUGUUAUUCAGGAUUUAUUUAAUGUCAGAGAUUCCAACUACUUCCUGCACAGUUGAGGGAUGGCUGUGUCGGUAUUUCAACCAUAAUUGAGUCAAAAGAAUUAGUCCCACCGAGGAUUGAACUCGGGACCCUUGCAUGGACUGUAACCUCAUAAGUACAACGCUCUGACCAC